AUUCUCUACAAUACUGCCAACGGCGACGGUCGUUUCUUCAAUCGCAUCAAAUUGAUACUCUUCUCUGGACCAUAACCAACUACCGACAACUUCAUACAAUCUCAUAUCUCGCAAUGCCUGGCAUCAGACAGAUCUUCGGGGUGGUGGCAGUGGUAUUUGCUAUUACCGGCUCUGCUCUUCCAGCACAGCCAAAGCUAAGCAGUCGGGCACUGAGGGCCUACGAUAUCUCAGCCAGGCAGCUUGCAAGUACAGGACUCCCAGCGGGCUUGACGGACAUCGAUAUUCUACAAUUCGCCUUAACGUUGGAAAAUCUCGAGACUGCCUUUUACCAACAAGGCUUCGCGCAAUUUCCAGACUCGGAUUUUCUAGCCCUGGGGCUUACACAAGCACAACUCACUGAUCUGAAGUCCAUUGGUUCAACAGAACAAGUUCAUGUCACUACUCUGUUGAGCGCCAUCGCUGGGGCCGGCACUCAGCCUGUUGCACCCUGCCAGUAUAACUUCGGAUUUACAACCGCGAAAGCCAUGGUAGCCACGGCCUCCAUAUUGGAAAACAUCGGGGUCUCUGCGUAUCUCGGAGCGGCGCCCAUGAUCACUACACCUAGCAUCUUGACCACAGCAGCCGAAAUCGUAACGGUGGAAGCGCGCCACCAAACCUUCGUCCGCACCGCAUCGCAAGUCGCCGCCGUGCCCUCCGCAUUCGACACUCCUCUUGGGAUCCGCUCCGUUUUCACCUUGGCCGCGGGAUUCAUCGCCUCGUGUCCGUCGGGCUCCAAUCUCGCCAUCACUCCCUUCCCCGCGGUCACCACGAUGGCCUCGGGCUCGUCUAAUAAUAUUAUCCAGGCUGGGACCGUACUGCAGCUGCAAACUACUGCGACGGGGGGGACGUUCUGCUCGUUCACGAAUGGCGGCGAACCUGGUGGCGCGGCUUUCGUGCCUUUCGCGAAUGGUGCGUGCGCCGUGCCGCAGAAUCUGGCUGGGCAGGUUUAUGUUCACAUUACGAAUGCAGCGCCGUUGACGGGGUUGCUGACUGAUGCUAUUACGGUUGCUGGACCUAUGGUAAUGGUUGUUUCAUAAGAGUCUGUGGUGG